AUGGCGAUCACCACGGCGAACGGCAUACCCGACACAACAUGCCACUUCUUCGAACUACCACCCGAGCUCCGAGUCCACGUCUACGAAUACGCUUUCCGCCUCACCCCUUUCGACCCGGAAGCACCACAAACCCCGCCCCUUCUCGCCGUAUGCAAGCUCGUUCGCCACGAAGCGUGGCUGCUCUAUGAGGCUCAUGUCAGGCGCAUCCAGUGCCACAAUCGUAUCGAUUUCGAAAUCAGCAUCAGACUCUUGAGACGCGCUCAGGAGACUGCGUCAUCAAUCCUCGAGCGCUUGAAAUACCUUUACGUGGACAGGACUAUGCUUCGUGUUUGGAUAGAGCAAGAGUAUGUGUGUGGAGCGGAGCUGCUCAAGCUCGCUCUGAGGCCUCAGGUUGGCGGGGACUACACGUGGAAGAAGAAGAAGACACAAGCAAUGAUGGCGUAG